GUCGGAGUGUAUCUAUGUCUCUGCAUGGGAUGAUUUGGGGAUUGGUUCAAUCACUUUCAGCACUGAGGACGCCACUCGAGGCCCAGAAAUCAGUCUUCAAUGCUAGAGGUGUGGGGAAGAUCACCCAAGGAUCGACAGAUCUCCCCAUUUACUAAUCCUGCAAAGUCACCUCUCACCUAAAGUGCUUUUCGCAUUUGCUGCAAAUGUCCUCUAAUGUCCUAGUCCUGUACUUGGUUGUUCUUGUUCUUUUUUCACAGUUUACAUUUACCGGCCACCAACACAAAUCACCAGCGGCUUAAACAUACAGUACCUGAUGUGUUUUCAUGUGUUUUAUUCCACUUUUUCCGGCUCCGUCGUUUGGGAGCCAGCCGGGCUUGCACAGUGUUUUCCUAGCCAGCACUCUAUUUCAUCAAACAAAAGACCGAAAAAGCAUCAGGGUCGUUUCUUAAGCUGAUGCCAUUUGUAUUUAGACGUGGGAUGAUUAAGCUGGCGCCGAGAUGGGGAGAUUGCUUCAUCCGCCGAGAUGGCUCAAGUCUUCGUCCUUCGCCGCUUCGCCCGCCGUGUACUCAGUUCCUGUCGCUGAUGCACGCAGUACUGAAGCAUGGAUCACGAGCGCAGGAAGAGGGGCUCUUCAAAGCUGCCUCGGCGUGCCAAGUCCUUUGCAGUCUCGUGUCGUCCGAGGACUUGAAUUCGCUUUGGUCUUUGCCAAGCGUGACCAGUGCUGACGUUUUCAUCAGCCAUUCCUGGUCAUGCUUUUCCUGGUUAAAAGUUGUUGCCAUGUGCCAUCAUUUGAACCUAGAUUUUGCCAUUGUGUCAUCUACUUUGGCUUGCAUUCUGAGUGUCUUCACUUUGAGACUCCACGCUGGAAGCUUUAAUGGUAUAGCUCAGCAGAGCGGAGCCGUUCUCUUUGAGGCUUUGAUAUGCUUUCCAAUGGGUACUUUUCUCAUCUCGUAUUUUUCGGGCCAGUGUAUCUGCCGGAAGUCUUUUUGGUUUGAUCGUAUUUGCGUGAGCCAAGCCAAUGCGACAGAGAAGGCUGUGACGCUUCAAGCAGUUCCGGCGUUUGUAGCAAAUUCGAGGCAGAUGCUUCUGUUGGUGGAUGGAACAUAUUUCAAGAGAUUGUGGUGCAACUAUGAACUUGCGGUUGCAGCUAAGACGGUUGGACAUGUACAGAUCUUGCCUAUUUGGGAGCCGGUGUGGACCUUGUCUUCACUUGGGGUUGGUUGCAUCUUCGUUCCCCGGCGCAGUGGACUGCAGUGGUUCAGUGAUCGAAGUAGUGGUCUUCUAAGAAACACAUAUGUAAUUAAUCAUAAUUAAUCUAAAGUGUGAUUAAUUAUUCCUGCGAAAGGCUCUAUUGCGUAGGAAGCCUGUAAGCUCGAAUGAUGACAGAAGCCAAAGUCCCGCAGAACCUGCUUGUCAUUCUCUCGGGGUCGCAGGCAAUUGUGUGGUUUACAUACCAGUCGAAGCCUCGCAUUGACGGAGAUUCGGACAUGGCACCCUUUUGGGCAAUGUGCAAUUACUUCUACCUUCCUUGGCACACAGCGCUUCUUCUUGCUAUCCCUUUGGCUUGGAUUUCCUUGGCGAAGCUGGAUCGACAUCGGCUUUUGCUGGAUCAGAUGGCAAACUUUGACCUGCGACAAGCAGAGUGUGCUUUAGAGUCCGAUCGCUUUGUGAUCCAAGAGCAUGUCUUAAGCCUCUUCGAUGAAGCACUCGAGCCGCCCGUGUCUGUGGCAUUUGGAGCCGAGCCAGAUGAAAGCGAGGAGACACUCAUUUCGCCUGAAACCUUUGUGGCAAUUCGUCAUGUGACCAGCUAUCCUAAUGAGCAUGAAGUGUUGGACCAAUUCAAUGCCUACAUACAUGGCCCCUUGCGGAAGAGCGUCGUAGAUUUGCUAGGCCAAGAAGUUCACGUGUCCGUGAAGCUAUGCCUCAUCAGCAUUUGGCCCGGCUGGCUUUAUGGGUUGAUGGAUUUCUUCAGUUGUGAUUUUCACACUGAUUGCCAAACUGCUGCCUCAUCCAUGGGCUACCCUUCGUUGUUCAGCUAUUUGCUGAUGAAUGCCAUGGUGCAGCUGAUUACUACGCCGCUCUUCAGUCUCCUGAUCCUUCCAUCGCUGCUUCGCUGCAAUAACCUCGUGGCCCGAAGGGUGGAGACCCCGGGCUUUCGGAUGUUGUGCGGCUCAUGCAGCUCAGCAAUUGUGCUAUCCUUGUGCAACACUAUCGGAGGAAUCUGGGUGGGCUCUUUUCUGAUGUUUACCAUCCACCAUUCGAUCCCUUGGCUUGCCUUCUUCCUCCUCGAGACCAUCUCUGCAUUUGGCCUGGGCUGGCUUCUCCACAAGCCUAUGAGGGCGCCAGCGGGUAGAGAUGUGUGCUGUGAGGACUUGAGGUAUGGCUAAAUGCUGCUGGUGCUGCUGGCCAAAUGCCAUGCAAAAAGAUCCUGCAUUGAGCGUGGGCAACACUCCGUGUGAUGAAAAAGUCACCUCUCCACUUUGAACAAGAGUUAGC